CGUAACACUGCGCCAAAAUUGGUGUGAAAGGAUUCAGAGGGAUCAGUGGCUGGAAUCACCUUUGAUCCCUGGAUUCCCUUCUGGUUUGUCCAUGCAUUUUGGGCACACCACUGUGAGCUGCUGGGGCAUCUCUGCCCUGGCAUCUCUCAGGUCUUUGUGUCCAGGCCAUUCCAUGAGUGCUGCCUUGGUCACAGCUGUCCCGUGCCAGCUCUCCUGGGCACACAGGAGCAGCUUCCCCCGGGUCUCCAAGAGAGCGUGGCCAGAGUUCAAGCCUGUGUAAUUAGCUGUCAUUAGCCAAUUGAGGGAGUGUGUAUAAAACGGAUUAAACUCGCUGAAAUCCCCAGCCCAGGUUGAGCUGAGCUGUGUUCUUGGCUCAAAAACCUGCACUCGCAUCCAGAGGAUGCCUUCAGCCACUUGAGGAAACCCUCUUUCUCCUCUUUCUCCUGGCAUGGUCCUUCCUCCAGGCCAUGGGCAGCUUCAUCCAGGAAACAUCUGGAAAUCCAUGGACACUGGGGCUUAGCCCAGCAGCAGAGAGGGAAAACUUGGGCUGCACCCAAGGGGAAGGUGGGCAAGGCUCCUCAUGGCACCCACGGGUGCUGCUGUGAGCUGUUUUACAGCAAACAAAACCCAAAAUCCAUCCCAGGGCAGCAGCAGAGACAGAUCCAAAGCGAUGAAGCCAGGCUCUCUCCCACGCCGCUCUCCAGUGCCUUUGCUGAUGAAUCACGAGUGUUUUGGUCUGGAUGUGGUGAUAAAUCCAAGUGCUGCCAAUGACAGAGUGCACAGUGGUGGGGUUUAGGCAAUAAAUCAGCUUUUUACGUCAAUGCUUCCAUGCACACGUAGCUGUGAGGCGGCAGGUGAGGCGGGAGAGUCAGGAACAUCAAUCUGAGGGAAAAGGGAGCCUUGGAAACUUGCCCCUUUUGUUCCAGUCUCUUCUCUGCUGGAACUCCAUUUUCCCGUUCUUUAUCUCCAUUUUUUCUUCACAUGAUUUUUUUGCAGUUUAGAAGUAGAUUCCUUGUUUGCAGGAAGAAUCCCCUGUGUAUUUGUGGGUGAGAUUCAGCCCAGGGCAAGGCUGGGCUUGGGGGAGAUCUCAGCAUUGCAUGGGCUCCGGGUGAGCCAGGCAGACACGGAUGGCUGAUGUUAAACCUCUGCCUCAGAGUGAAUGGCUGUGGACACCAGCAGUCCAUUCCUUCCACUUAGAAAGCAAAAUAGAGAUUAGAAGAAUUGUGCCAGAACAGCUUUGAUGAUUCCAGGAUGCAUUUAGGCUUCAAAAGUGUCAUGACAUCUCGUUUCUGAAUUCCCAUCCAAGCAGGGAAGUGACACCCCAUGUGAGAGUCUGCGUUCCAUGUGAGAAUCAGGCCAACACCCCAGCACUCUCUGAUCCUACACACGCAAGGUGAUGCAGAGACAGGUCCCUUCCUGUUGUGCACAAAGAGGAAAAGUGGAUUUUGAGACCAUAAGGCAGAAUUUUAGAAGGAAAGUCAUUUAUGAAAUAUUAUGCCUGCCUGAAGUUUUCUGAUAAUAACUGUCACAGAGCACUUUUCACAACAAAACCAUGUGUUCCCAGGUAGUUCAGCCUGAAUCACAAGUCUCUGGAGGUGAAGGAACAUCUCCAGGGAUGGAGAAACCUGCUGGAGGUCAGAGGAGCCCCUUUCACCUGCACGCUUUGUUCUCUGCAGCCUUCACUGACUGCCAAAACCUCGGUGGUCUCCAACCCCCAGGCUCCACUUUCAGUCAUUUUCCAACCCCUUUUGACUUCCCUGCAGAGUCCCUGCUGUCAAUUUAACUCUUCUAACAGGGGAUGAGGAGGGGACCAGUGCAAUCUGCUCCUGGGUGAUUCCAAGCACCGAUGGAUUCCCACCACAAGCUCCUCAGGAGAGGGGCUUCGCCUCACUCCAACCCCCACGGGGUGACGCCCCCUCUGCCAAGCCCUGCUCCCUUUCUCACUUCUCCCAACACAUCCUCAAACAAGUGUUGGGUGGUUUUUUCCUCAGUAGCAUGUAGGUCACAGCAGAGCCUUAGGGACCUGACAGCUGACAUUCAUCCUCAGCUCUGAAUCCGUGCGUCAGGCUGUCUGGAGGCGAUAGAAGUGCAGUUGCUGGUGAGACCGACUGUCUUUUGUGUGGCUUCAAUUAAAUGUCUUUCUCGGCGUGGGAUAGUUGCCAGAGUUCUUUUUUUUUCUUCUUCUUCUUCUUUCUUUUUUUUCUUCUUCUUUUUUUUUUUUUCUUUUUUUUUUUUUUCUUUUUUUUUAAGAAACAAAUGGUUUUGUUUAGAUAUAUAUAUAGAGAGAGAGAGAAAAAGUCCCACCUGGCUUUUUGGAAGGGUUUCAACUGCAAUGUAUCAGAUCCCAUAUUCUUCUAUAAAAAGGUGAGCUGCAUUUUUCAGCUGAACUUUUCUCCCUUUUAUAGCCUUGCUUUGGCACACACGAGGCAGGAGCUGUGGCAAGGUCACUGCCCUUCCCCAGCCGAGGAAGGAAACCCAUGGCAUGUGCUAGGGCCAGUGAGAUGGGGACAACUGCUGAGGAAAAAUUUGGGGUGGGCACAAGCUGUAAGCUGACCCCCAAAACCUGCUCAUCACUGGGGUCUGUGCUGGAGCUCUGGGGUGGCUUGAGGACCCCGAGAAAGGCGAGUCCUGGGUGCUGUGGAAGCUGCCCUGAUGAUGAGAUCCCUUCAGCCGUGACCUCUGCAGAGGACCCCCAGGGAUGGUCCUGGCACAGCACGUGCCUCUUCUGCCAGCCAUAGAAUCCCAGAAUGGUUUGAGUUGGGAGGGAACUUGAAGCUCAUUCCAACCCCUGCCAUGGUCAGGGACACCUUCCACUAUCCCAGGUUGUUCCAAGCCCUGACCAGCCCAGCCUUGGGCACUCCCUGGGAUGGGGCAGCCACAGCUUCUCUGCCUGAGCCUCACUGCUCUGUCUCUCUCUUUCCACAACACUAUGGGCAACAGGUUAAAACGAGGCAAGCAGCCACAUAGCCUCUGCCCUCUUUCUUCCUGCACCCUUUUAAAUUUUGGUUGCUCAAAUGACCUUUUCCAGGUCAUUUGGAAAAUGGGUGUUCUCUUCCCACACUGCCCAGUGUCCCUUGUGCUGUGACUGUGAGGAGGUGGUACAGGGCAUCAGCUCUUUUCUGCUUGACCACAGACACAUUUUAAUUAAUUUUAUUUUAUUUUUUGCAAGAUUACACUUAUUUUUAUUACGCGUUUAUUUGCUAUCAAGUAUGCAUAUUGCAGUGCCUAUCUUCCCAGCCCCAGUCUCAUCCAGACUCUCUCCUUCCAGCAGCAGCAGGAGAUGCCAGAAGUGCUCCGGGAGCCGCAGCACCUUGGCAGAGUAACAUUUGCAUGAGAAAGCAGGGAGCAGGGAGCAAAUAAAACCUAAAGGGGCAGAGAAUUCGACAGUGAAAAUGGAGCUGGCAAGCUUGGGAGACAGCAUGGCUGGCUGGGGCCGUGGGGACAGCACACCACAGGGCUUUGAAACCACAGAUGGGUGCCCAGUGGGAUAUUUUGCCAGCUCAGGAGGAGAUGGGCGAGGGCUCUGCGCUCAGCUGGGGAACGCAGCGCACAGGCGGCUUUCUAGAAGCAGCACAAGUUGAGCUGCCAUCUGUGAUGGUUUCCUCAUGUGCCAAGCACGCGAGCGGGUGCUGAGGAAUGGGCAGGAGGACACGACCGCCCCAUUGCUCCUGUUUCAUUUCUUCCCUUGGAAAGCAAUCCUGUACCUGCAGAGUUUCACUUGCUCCCGUCCCGAGGCGUCUACAGAGCCACCGGCAGAGUUAGACAGAAAAAAUGAAGAGGAGAGAAGCCUCGGCGGACCUGGAGGUCUCUGCAGAAGAGAAGGAAAGAAGGGCUAGAGGGGAGAUCAGGCAGCUGCAGACCCAUUUUCACCAUGAGGCGUACAAGAGGAAGUUCUACGAUCACGAUAUCUGGCGGCAAAUGCAGGCUCAGGAAAAAACAAUAGAGGAUGUGAAGCAAGAGCACAGACAUGUGACAUUGAUGCUGAGCCAGAUCUAUUCCCCGAGUAAUGUGGUGCUGGAAAACAGAAGGCGUAGGAAGGUGCAAAGGCUUUUGCAGGCCAGCAUGCAGAAUGAUGCCCUGAUCAAAGAAAGAAAAGCCCUGAUAGAUGACCUGGUCAAGCAGGUCGUAGAGCUGGAAAAAAAGAUAGUGAAGCAAAGAGACACAAACUGGAAGAUGUUGGAAGCAAAGAGUCAGAAACACCUGGAGAAGAAGAUCCACUUCCUGGAGAUGAAUCUAAAUCAUAUCACUGUUCGUUACAACACCAUCAUGACCCGAAACAACAGGCUGCGAGAGGAGACUGUCAGCCUGCAAAUCCAGAAAGCCAUUUAUGACAACUCCUACUGGAAACUGGAGAAUAGCCUGGCCCAGCUGAACGAACUGCUGCACGCUGCUAUCGAGCAAGCCACGGACGACUACGAGCAGUGGAUGGACGACCUGGAGCGCAUCUCGGACAUUCGGGACGUGCGCUGCAGAGAAACCAUCCAGUACAAUAUCAGGCUGCUGGAGAGGAAGUGUAUCCUUCACCAGGAGACCAGGCUGAAAAACUUCUUCCUCAGCAAAUGUACAGACCUCUCCAAACUGAAGGAAGAGGCCAAACGGAGAGAAGCCUCUGAUGUAGCCGAGAGGGUCAAACUGAGCCAAAAGGAGAGCUACGAGGUGGCCUACAGGCGUCUCCUGGAGCUGUCGGACGGAAACAUCGACGAUUUCUUGGAGGACUUAAUUGAGAAGGACAGGAGAUUCUUCAUCCUCUUCGGCUAUGCCAUUAGGCUGAACGUCAGGAACGAGGGUCUCAGGCAGAGGAUCCAGGAGAUCGAGGAUGAUAUGACUGCCAUCACAACGGAGCGGGAACAGGCAGAGGCAGCCCGGACUCACAUCCUGCAGGAGCUGGAGGCAAAAAUAGCAGAGAUCGCCAAGGAAGCCAACAAGUAUGAGAACAAAUGCAAGGAGAGCAGCGAACUCCUGGGAAGGAUCCAAUCUCGAGUGCAGACCCUCUUGAAGGACAUGGACUGCGACACUACAAAGAUAGUGAAGCCUCUUGGGGAGAGCUUGGUGACAGUUUUUGGUCCCGUGGAGGACAAGGUCAAGGAGCUCCUGAUGAGGGAGUCCCUGCUGCGCUACACAUCCCUGGAUCGCACCCGCCGCUCCCAGGCCUUCAUCAGCCCCUUCAAGGGGGCCUCCAGCCUCCUCUGGGCCAUGGACAGGGGCAAGCUCUGCCCGCCCCCCCCGGACCUGGACACCGCCGACCCCAGAACUGCGGAACAGCCGCUGGGCCGGGCUCAGCUGCGGCGGCUCAUUAUCCGGAGGAGGCAGGAGGAGCUGAGCAGCCCCUUCGGGAGGAGGAGGAGGAGACUCGCAUCGAGGAGUUCAUCAGCAGCGGGCAGGAGCACGCCAGCGAGCCCGAGCCCACUUGAGACUGAGACGGAUUAAAGAAGCAGUUUCAUUCUUGGGCUUCUGCGUCCUGCACAUCAUUCCACCUUCCUUCUCUGGAAGGAGACCAACACCUCUCACAGGCUUCAGAACCUCACCAAGGUGAUA